AUGGCAACUGUGGAUUUGUUGGAAAGUGAAUUUCUUAAUGAACCAAGACAUGAUAUAGAAGAGUGUGAGGCAACCUUAAAACUUGGAGAAAGGAUAGAUAAUCAGGAGGUGUUGCUAGAAUUCCUUUCAUUAAUUCAUCAAAGUAAAAGGGAAGCUGCUGAGAAGUUGCAACAUACUAUCUCAUUUCUGUGUUCAGAUAUUGAAGAAGUGACAAAGCAGAAAACUGAAUUUAUGGAGAUAACUGGGACUGGACUAGGGAGUAAUGAUUGUUCAACAUCAAGUUUCUCAUCCACUGUAGUUGUUAAUAAUGAUGAGGAUACUACCAGUCCAGUGACCAGAAAACGAGUCAGAACUGACACAUGUGUUGAUGACACUGCUGGAUUUGAUGUUCAGAAAAAUGAUGAAUGCACUCUUUCAAAAAUUCCACGGUUUUUGAAGAACUUCAAGGAACUAGAGUCAGCAUACUUUUUGACACGAUGCAAAUCAACGUUUUCCUCUGGGAAACAUGUGGUUCAACAUUCACCUAUAUCUACUAAUGGUAAAGGGUCUUUUGUUGUGACUGACAGAAAUUGUGUCAAUAAAGAAGCAUCAAAAGAACAGUUUAGGGAAGGAAAAAGUCCUUGGACGAAUCCUUUCCUUGAGGGUUUGUGCAAGUACCUAUCUUUCAGUAAGUUAAAGGUUAAGGCUAACCUGAAACACGGGGAUCUUUUGCAGUCUUCCAACCUGGUAUGCUCAAUUAGUUUUGAUCGCGAUGAAGAAUUUUUCGCCACUGCAGGGGUAAAUAAGAAGAUUAAAGUAUUUGAAUAUGACACAACCAUAAAUGAGGAUCGUGAUAUCCACUAUCCAGUAGUGGAGAUGGUUAGCCGAUCAACAUUGAGUAGUACACGUUGGAAUACUUACAUCAAAAGUCAAAUUGCUUCAAGUAAUUUUGAAGGUGUUGUACAGCUAUGGGAUGUGACAAGAAGUCAAGUGCAGUCUGAAAUGAGGGAGCAUGAGCAAAGGGUAUGGUCCAUUGAUUUCUCAUCAGCAGACCCCACAUUACUAGCAAGUGGAAGUGAUGACGGUUCUGUGAAACUGUGGAACAUCAAUCAGGGAGUUAGUGUUGGUACCAUCAAAACAAAGGCAAAUGUAUGUUGUGUUCAGUUUCCCCUUGAUUUUGCUCAUUUCCUCGCAUUUGGUUCCGCAGAUCAUCAGAUAUAUUACUAUGAUCUUCGCAACAUAAAAAUGCCUCUUUGUACAUUAGUUGGACAUAACAAGACAGUGAGCUACAUCAAGUUUGUAGACACCAUGAGCCUAGUCUCUGCAUCCACAGAUAACACGUUGAAGCUUUGGGAUUUGUCCAGGUGUGCUUCUCGGGUUAUAGAUUCACCAGUUCAAUCGUUCACUGGUCACAUGAAUAUUAAGAACUUCGUGGGGUUGUCUGUAUCUGACGAUUACAUUGCUACUGUUAUUGCUUUGGUGUUCAUAUAUCACAAGGCUUUUCCCAUGCCAGCAUUAUCCUUCAAAUUUUGUAGUGACGACCCUCUUUCUGGGGAUGAAGUGGAUGAUUCUUCAAAGUUCAUCUCCUCUGUUUGUUGGCGUGGUCAGUCCCCAAUCUUAAUUGCUGCAAACUCCGCAGGGAAUGUCAAAAUUCUGGAGAUGGCUUAG